AUGACUGUUAGAUACGAUAACGUCAUUGUCUUCGGACCCACCGGAGCAGUUGGGGGGUCAACUGCGCUCGAGGCAAGCAAGCGAGGAGCCAAGGUCUGGCUGGCGAUGCGAAACACCUCGAAGGCAAUCGCGGAGAUCCCAGCCGACGCCGAGAAGUCGGGGAAAUUCGAGCGUGUCCAGGCCGACCUCACUGAUCCAGAUUCUGUGGCCACGGCUGUCAAGAAGUCCGGUGCGAAAGCAGCAUACCUUUACCUCAUCUUCGGGUCUCACGAUCACAUGCGCGGGUCCUUGAAGGCCAUGAAGGAUGCGGGCGUCGAAUCUGUCGUUUUUCUGUCGAGCGUGAGUGUCGGCCCAGGCAAAGACCUCCGCUCGUUCCCCCCUGAGCCCUUCAUUGGGUACAGCCAUGCCCAAGUUGAGCUCGCGCUGGAGGAGAUCGGGUUCCCCUACGUCACAGCCCUGAGGCCGGCAAACUUCGCGAGCAACUACUACAACAUGGGCCUUGAUAAAUCGGAGAAGCCUGCCAAGGCCAACAUUACCUGUGAGGAUACGCUGGUUGAUAAUAUCGUCCCUAGCGAUAUUGGUGCUGUUGGAGGUGCUGUGCUGGUAGAGAGGCCCUCAGACGGCAAGGAGAUCAUCUUCCUGUGCGGACCAGACCACGUCACCUUGGAGGAGGCAUGGGCGACUAUCAAGGGAGUUAGUGGCCGGGAUGAUAUCGACACUACACCACUUGGUGCUGAAGAGUGGUUGGCCAGGAUGAGUCGGCACACGCCCCUGCCGCUGGCCAAGGAGCUCUUGCAAGCCUACGAAAAAUGGAGAGACCCCGAGGCGAUGCUGCCAAGAGCCGAGUUUCAGCAAGCAGUGGCCAACAUCAAGAAGUUCACCGGGAGAGAGCCUACGAAGUUUGCAGACUAUAUUGAGGCUCAAAAGGCGGAAUGGCUGGCUGUUUGA